GCGCCUGGAAGAAGGCUCGACAUGAGCAGGGAGAUUCCCCCUCAUGUACUGUAUGCCUCUCCAGUGCCGCUGAAUGCACCUAAUGGUGCCCCGAGAGGGCAGACCCUUCCACUCAGCUUGAUUGCUCAUAUAGUAUCUUUUGUAAGCCAUGUUGGCGACAUUGCGCGUAUGACCCGAACCUGCCGAUUAAUGUAUUACAUGACUCUACCCGUACUCUACGAACGUGUCACCCUUCGCUCCUAUUCCGAAACGCGCUACGUAGACGGAAGACCAGAAGGAUAUGGAAGUGGCAGUCCGUUUGUCAUGGGCCUCAGUGGUCUCGCCUCGGGCAACUCAGCGCCAUUGGUGAAAGAGUUCAAAGUGACAGGAGCAUGGACAGAAUCCGGAAUAGAUGAAUACAGCAAAGGAAAGAUACCCGACAGUACCAUCUUACUGGGCAUUGCCUUGCGUGCUGCCAUGGACAAAAUGACACACCUCAAAUCUCUCGUCUGGGAUCUCGACUCCAAGCCAACCAAGUCCAUCUAUCAAGGACUGGCUGCCCGACCAACCCUCACGUCACUCACCCUACGGUUUCCACAAGUCCGAUCGCCACGUCCAAUAGUCGUCAUACCGCCAAUGCCAAAUCUUCGUCGCUUACGUGUGAGCGAUAUCGACCCCCUCUGCUAUCCAGACGAUGUAGCUGGUCUGAUCUUCCACGCUAAGCAGCUGGAAGAUCUUCGCAUUCACUGGAGUCCUCGCAUGCGGAAAGAGGCCGAGCCCAGUAUAAACUUGAGGAUGAUAUUUGGUCAAUGCCUAGAGGCAAAAUACAGACUGAAAAUCAAGCACAUCGGCCUUCAAAACUUCUAUGGGCCCAACACUGGUGACCUGGCAGAAAUUUUCGAACCCGGUUGUGUUGAGAGUGCAGACUUUCUCGACGUCUUUGGAGGUAUCUAUGGCCGCCCGACUACUAUCUGGGUGGAUGAGACAUGGAGAACUAUCCCGGAUCCUGAAUACUUCCAAAGUUACCGAAGGCAUCGAGUCAGCGAACCGGCCAUGGAGCAUGCCAAAAUUCUGUCGCAGUUCUCUGGUUUGGAAGAGUUGUACGUGGUUGGAAACAGUUUAUGCGACCACGACAUGAAAAUGGAGCUUCAAUCGCCCGAGACCGCAGCCACCACGCCUGCUACAUCUGUCACGACACCCACUCCCACUGCCUUCGCGGAAAAGCAGGCCUCUCUAACUUGCAAAGCAUACUUACGCGCCCUAACCACGAACCAUGGUCAGACUCUUACAAAAUUACUACUGCCUGACCAAUUCCCACUUUCGGGUCAACAGAUCGGUGAACUUGUCAGCAAAUGUCCAAAUCUGGAGCAAGUCGGAUUCGCACUGGACAAAGAUGCUCGUGAAGUUAUGAGUCUGCUUGCACCCUUCUUUCUUAAGCUGCGCGCUGUCAGGAUCUUGACCAAUGCAAACAGCGCUAACAUGCUCAACGAGACCGGGAUCACUGAACUGAUUGAUGGAACGCGAACCGAACCACUGUACUGGAAAUGUCUGAAUCAAAAUGUCAGAUAUUGUGGCGUUGGCAACAUCAUCAUCAGGCUUGAAAAGGCGGUAGAGAUGCCAGAUGCUGAUGGAAAUCUUGAAUGGCUGAACCGUGUCACACUGGCCACUCUUGAGGACGUCCAACAAUUUGAGAUCUGGAGACUAGACAAGCUCGAGUUGUGA